AUGCAUAAUGCCCAAGAGAUUAUGCAAGUUACACGUGGUGGAAGAGCAGCUUUGACAUUAUCAAUUAUCAUUAAGGAGGUAAGGGAUCACACAAAUAAGCAUCUAAAUGAAAUAAGGAGGACCUUGGCAAGGGAUUAUGGUGUGAAGUUGACAUAUAAGCAGGCAUAUAGGGCUAAGAAAAAAGCAUUAGAGGAAAUACAAGGGAGGCUUGAACAGUUAUACAUGUUGAUACCAUGGAUAUGUCAACGAUUGAAGGAAACCGAUGGGAAGACGGUUGCUGAAUGGUUAGCAACUGUUAACAACAUAUUUGGACGCAUUUUCAUAGCAUAUGGUUGUUGUGUAGAGGGUUUUUUUUCUGGGGCAAGACAUAUACUGUACAUAGAUGGAACACAUUUGAGUGGACCAUAUAAGAGAACACUGCUAUCAGCCUCAACAUAUGAUGCGGACAAUGAAUUAUUACCAUUCGCAUAUGCUCUUGUGAAUGGAGAGACUUAUGAGGAGUGGGCAUGGUUCCCAAAUAUGUUAAAACGGAUAGUUGGUGCAAUCCAAUUAACUAUUGUGUCAAAUCGUCACAAUGCAAUAAUAGGAGCUGUUGGAGCAAUAUUUGGAGGUAACAGUCAUGCAUACUGUUAUAGGCAUGUGAAGGAAAAUUUCAGCUUUGAAAUGAAUAAAUUAUAUAGAGAUAGGAGGAGAAUUAGCGGUAUUAGUAAGGAAGUUGGAUUAAAGUUGCUUGAUGACAUUGCAUAUGCGAGGGUUAACUUUCAGUUUGAUAAGACAAUGACAAGGAUGGGAAAUUUUAGUCCUCAUUUACUUCAGUGGCUUGACAAUCAUGGUGAUAUGCAUAAGUGGGCAAUGAGCAAGUUUUCAUAUAAACGGUGGGAUAACAUAACAACGAACCUUGCUGAGUCAUUCAAUGCUUGGAUCGUAAAGGAGAGGCGCCAUAAUGUUGCCCAACUUAUUCAUGAACAUCGUGAGAAGAUUGCAAGGAAGAUGUGCGCAGCAAGUAUGGCAAUGGGAAACUGGAGAAAUGGUAUGGGUCCAAACAUUGAUGGAAAGGUGAUGGAAAAUGUGGCUAGAUCAGUUCAUAUGCAUGCUGAACCUUAUGGAGGUGGUAGGGUCUGUGUACAUACUAUGCGUGGAGCGUUAUAUGUCAAUAUUCAGUCAUAUGAAUACACUUGUGCUACAUGGCAAAUGACAGGGAUUCUGUGUCCACAUGCUUGUGCUACAAUAAAGGUAGUCCAUGCAAAUGUGUAUGAUUUUAUGGAGGACUGUUAUAAAAUAACAUCCCAAGAGAAGAUUUAUGGGAACACCAUGAUUCCAGUAGUGACAAUUGACAAGCCUAAUCCUAAUGAUUAUAUGCUGGAAAACAUAACAAAUCAAGUGUUGCUAUAUCCACCUACAACUAGUAGACCUUCUGGAAGGCCAAGAAUUAGAAGGCGAGAAUCCCAAUUCCAAAAUAGGAAGAUUUACCACUGUGGACGGAGUCAUGAAGCUAGGCACAGUAAAAGAACAUGUAGAAAUCCAAACCCAAUUUAA